AUGCUCAUCGGUAUCUGCGGAGGCAUCUGCUCCGGCAAGAAAACCGUCGCGCAGUACCUCGUCGACCACCACGGCUUCCAGCGCCUCUACCUCGACGACGACGAUGACGACCGUAGCCAUAAUCGCAGCAGCAACAACAGCGCCAGCGCCAGCACCAGCGCCAACGGCACCCGACCCCCGGCCGUCAAGCCAACCCCCACCCCGCGCAACCCCCACCACACCUUCCCCACCGCCGACGCCCUCCUCGACUUCGUCACCAAGCGCUGGCGCGACCGCUACGUGACCACCGACGUCCACGACGAAGCCAUCCUCGACCUCCUCUCCCGCCGCCCCUUCUUCAUCCUCGUCUCCCCCCAAAACGCCGCCCGCGACGUGGCCCUCGACCGCUUCGUCGCCCUCUCCGACGCCCACCUCUACGACCCCGCCGCCGGCCUCCAGCCCCUCAUCUCCCGCGCCACCGUUCGCCUCCUCAACACCUCCGAGUCCCUCGCCCACCUCUACGCUACCCUCGGCAAGCUCGAUCUCGCUAACCCGGACCGCCUCCGCCCCUCCUGGGACAGCUACUUCAUGUCCCUCGCCUCCCUCGCCGCCCAGCGCUCCAACUGCAUGAAGCGCCGCGUCGGCUGCGUCCUCGUCGGCCGCGAGCGCCGCGUCAUCAGCACCGGCUACAACGGCACCCCCGCGGCCUCCGCAACUGCGCCGAGGGCGGCUGCACCCGCUGCAACGACGCCAGUUCUUCCGGCGUCGGCCUUUCCACCUGCCUCUGCAUCCACGCCGAGGAGAACGCCCUGCUCGAGGCUGGAAGGGAGAGGAUCCGCGAAGGCGCCGUGCUCUACUGCGAUACUUGCCCAUGCCUGA